AUGCACUCUAUCACUUUGAAUUCUUCCGUAUCACUCUCUUGGGCAAAUGUUAAUUAUCGCAAUUCACACGUUGGUGAACCCAAGGUUCACCAUGCAACCAUGCACUAUCCUCUGCUAAGGGAGAACACUUUCUCAAAUGCACUUUUUUCACUACGUAAAUGCACCGAAAUCGAAGACCCGAAACUGGGUUCUUGUUUUCAUGCCCAGAUACUGAAGCUGGGAGUAGAAUGUGAUGUGUUUAUCGGCAACUCUCUCAUAAAUAUGUACUCAAAGUGUGACCAAAUAAGGGACGCAGAAAAUAUGUUUGAUCAUAUGCCUCACAGAACUGUUGUUUCUUGGACGUCAAUGAUGGCGGGUUAUCAGCGUAACAGGCUUGCAGAAGAAACGAUAUUAUUGUUUUCGCGAAUGCUGGAGAGUCUGCGGCCUAAUGAGUUCACUUUGGCAGUUGUUUUACAGGCUUGUGCAUUGAAAGGUUAUGAAGAUUUGAUUGAAGUCAUUCACUGUUUUGCCAUUAAAAGUGGGUUUAUAUUGGAUGACUUCUUGCAGAAUUGUUUGAUAGACGCGUAUGCUAAAUUAGGGAUGUUAAGAGCUGCAGAAAAGCUUUUGCAGAGGCUAUAUAGAAGAGAUGUUGUUUGCUGGACUUCUGUUAUUUCUGGUUGUGUAUGCAAUGGCAAUGCUAAAACAGCUGUCGAUUUAUUUUGCAGUAUGCAAGAAGAUGGGGUCUUGCCAAAUGACGUGACGAUGUUAACCAUUUUGCAGGCCUGCUCAGAAAUUAAUGACCGCAGGCUUAUGCAGUGGAUUCAUGGAUUGGUCUUGAAAGGGAGUUGGUGUGUGAGUGGACUAGUGUUGAAUUCAUUGAUAGAGAUGUACUCUACAAAUGGGUACUUUAGGGAGAGUUUGACAAUCUUUUGUCGUUUCUGCUUUAGGAAUGAGGGUUUGUAUCCUAGUCCUGAGACUAUGGCGAGCCUUCUACAGGGGUGUGGAAACUGUGGGUCAUUGAAGCUAGGGGAAGAGAUUCAUGGAUACUUAAUCAAACAGGGGUUUCUUCCCUGUACUAUUGCGGAAAAUUCGCUUAUAAAUAUGUAUGCAAGGAACGGUUGUGAAGAUUCUGCAUUCAUCCUGUUUAGAACAAUGGCCAAGAGAGAUGUAAUCUCUUGGAAUACUAUUAUUAGUUGCUUCAUUAAGAACAAUCAGCCAGUGGCGGCAUUGGGACUUCUUGGUGAAAUUCACAGGGAAGGCUCACAAGAUAAUGUUUAUCCAGAUUUUGUCACAUUACUUGCAUCUCUUGAAGCUUGUUCAGACCUGGCCUUGCUUCUACAGGGUGAAGUCCUUCAUGGCUACUUAACAAGAACAGGAUUGCUUGGUGAUAUUUUUAUCCAAAAUGCUCUAAUAGAUAUGUAUGCAAAGUCAGGAAGGCCAGAUUCUGCAGAGAAUAUCUUCAAGGAAAUGCAUGAAAGAGACAUAGGGUCAUGGAAUUCAGUUAUAGCAGCAUAUGGGAUCAAUGGAAAUGGGACCUCUGCUUUAAAAGUGUUUGCUGAUCUAGAAAGAUCAGGGACCAGGAAACCCAACGCAAUUACAUUCACCAAUGUUCUUUCAGCAUGUGCUCAUGCUGGGUUGAUAGAAGAAGGUUUCAAGAUUUUCAAUUCAAUGGAGAAACAUCAUAAUAUAAGACCAAGCAUGGAACACUUUGCUUGCAUGGUAGAUCUGUUGGGAAGAGCAGGUAGAGUCGAAGAAGCAGAUAUGUUCAUUUACAAGAUGCCAAUGCGACCAGGUCCUGAUGUUUGGGCAGCUCUGUUGGGUGCAUGUGUGGUUGUCGACAACGUGACCAUAGCUGAAAAGGCAGCAAAAGAGCUUGCCAUUAUGGAACCAAGUAGCAGCAUCUGGAGAGUUGCCUUGUCCAAUGCAUAUGCUGCUGCCGGAAAAUGGCAAGAAGCCGCAGAGAUAAGGGCAGAAUUCAGACGAUCAAAGCAGUUCAUAAAGGAAGGAGGUUGGAGCAGUGUCAAUGUCGAGGGAUAUGAGUUCAGUUUCAUGGCUGGAGAUACUAAGCAUCCCGAAAGUACACUGAUCUAUGGAAUCAUCGGCACAUUGCAACAUCACAUGCAAGAUCGCACUUCGAUUUGCAGUACCGUCGUCAUAACUUAG